CCCUAGGGUUUUAGGUUUUGCCAUAUAAAGUCUGCGCAAGCUUUCAUCGUCGUUUCCAUUUCCUUCGCAGACAGAGAGAGCAGCUCGAGUUCUCCAAACCACUUUAUCGGCAUCAGCAGUUUGGAGAUAGAAGGAUUUUGAAAGGAGAAGAAAAAUGUCAGGGGAAGAGGGUGUUGUUGCAGCUGAGGCACCUGCACCUGCACCUGCUCCAGCUCUCGGUGAGCCUAUGGACAUCAUGACUGCCUUGCAGCUUGUGUUGAGGAAAUCAUUGGCUCAUGGUGGGCUUGCUCGAGGACUUCACGAAGGUGCCAAGGUGAUCGAGAAGCAUGCUGGACAGCUCUGUGUUUUGGCAGAGGACUGCAACCAGCCGGAUUACGUCAAACUUGUGAAAGCACUUUGUGCUGACCACAAUGUGAGCUUGAUAACAGUUCCAAGUGCUAAGACUCUUGGCGAGUGGGCUGGUUUGUGCAAGAUUGAUUCAGAGGGAAAGGCAAGGAAGGUUGUAGGUUGCUCUUGUGUUGUUGUGAAGGAUUAUGGGGAAGAAACUGAAGGUCUCCAUAUUGUUCAGGAGUAUAUCAAAUCUCAUUGAGUGACCAGAAAUGGAUCACUAUUUGAUUUGGCUUGAGUUUUAGUUUUCUGUACCUUGCCCCUCUUAGUUGUUUGAGAGAUUGUUUUUAGGAUUUUUUUUAAAAAUGUUUCGAGCACCAAUAUUUCUAGAAAUAUAAAAGAUUUUGCUUAUUACAGUGAUUUGUUUUUAAUGAAUGGUUCUGUUUGUGGUUCCCCAAAAGUUGCACAUGAUAUGUUUAAUGUUGUUUCGGAACUUAACUCAUCCAGUUCAUACA